AUGAAUAAUUUUUUAGAGGAUACAAACUAAUCGUCAUCCAUAUAUUUAUAGACAGUUAAUUCUUUAAAGAACUCUAUAAAAUAUUAGAACUUCAUUAGCAAAACUAAAUUAACAGUUAAUGAAAUUAAAAAUAUCAUAAAAUGGUAUGAUUUGAAAAGAAAUUAAAGAAUAAUUCGAUAGGUAACAUAGCCUGACUAGAAUAAUGAAUUUUAAAAAUAGAUCAUUUAAUAAGGAAUAGCAAUAACUUAAAUGUAGUAGCAAAUUAAUAAAUAAUCUAUUGAAAUGGAAAAUUUGAAGAAAACCUUAUUCCAAAGAGGAAAUGAAAAACCGAAUGGAAUUCAUUAAAAAUCUAAAUCUUCCAAUGAUGAUUUUUUGGAUAAAUAAAUAAAUUUUCUGAAUAAACAAUAGAACAUAAAUUUCCAACAUUUCGAUAAGGACCUAGAAAAUUAGAUUUAAACACUAAUAUAAUAAGAGUUCGAAAAAAUAUACAAGUUGUUAUCUAAAUAACUCAAAAGUGAUAUAAAUGAUAUUGUGUAUUAAAGUAUUCAGGAGUAAAUAUUUGUGAGUAAUAAUAAUUCUCCUAAACCAGAUACUUUAAGAAAAUAUUCAUAAACAAAACAGUAAUCAGAAGAUUCACAAUAAAAUAUCAAUAUAAUUGUUGAAUGUUUAAAUGAAUAAAUAGAUGAAUAUGCGAAUAAUAAUUAUAAUUUUGAUUAAAUCAAAGCUAAACUCAAAUGUUUGAAAUUAAAAUAAAUUAACUUGCUUUAUGAAGAUUUAAACAAUUAAUACAAAUAGAAUUCACUUAAAGAUUACUUUAUAGGUCCUUUAGAAAAAUUGAAAUAAUUUUCAUUCAAUUUCAACUAAUCGAAACUUUUAGAAUACGUAAAUGGGUAAAGGAGAGCGAGAGAGGACAGCAAUAACUUUUAUGCGGUUUUUGGUUAUUAAUAUUUGGACAUCAUAUUAACACAUGCUGAUGAUCAAAAUUUUGAAACAUUUAUGGAGAACAUAAAAGGGAUUCCAUUUGAUUUAUUUAAUAAUUAAUCUGCAUUCACAAAAGAAGAGUAAUAAGAAUUAAAAGAGAUAUUUUGUUAUAGAUGUAUAGAGUUGAGACAGAUCGAAAUAUCAUAGCGAUCAAAUGAACUUUGGCAUCAAAUCAGUGACAACAAUAAUAGUUUCUAUGGAUUGACAAUGAUAUUCAUUCGAAAUUUAAUCUAACAAAUAGUACAAUAAUCAGAAUUCAAAGAUCAUAUCAAUGCUCAGGACUCAGAAUAAAUAAUUAGUAAGAUAUUGGAAUGGAAUACUCCAUGUCCUGAAGCAGAAUUUAUAAUGGAAGUCCUUUCACAUGAAUUAGAAUUAUGUAUAAUAUUAUUUUAUUUAAAAGAAGAAUAAUAAGAAUUAUCAUUAAGAAUAUUUGGAGAUGAAUAAAAUUAUCAGCUUUAUAUGUUAUAACAUAGUAAUGAAUUUUAUUCAAUCGGAAUUAAAGAGUAAACUUGA